AUGAAGAUCACCUUGUUCUUUACGUUUCUACUUGUACUCAUCCUUGCUUCAGGAAUAGAAGCAAAAAAUAGGAAGAAGAACAAACAGAAGGACCUGAUCAAUAUUCAGAAGCAGAUUGCUGGAAUACAAACAAAAUUGUCCAAUGCCGGCAGCCCCGAUAAUUUCGCCGUUCUCGACAAAUAUGGAAAUCUACCUCAAGACGCACUCCCGGCAAGGUAUGAUCAUUACUCGGCGUACCAAUUGGCCUGGCAGUCUCUUCACAUAUCGGCCGCUGCUGCUUGCAGAGGAAGCAGCCCUUCAGGGGUUAAAGGCCCAUACAAGAACAUUGUUUUGGCGAGAGAUAAGCAUCAAAAUAAAACCUGCAACGAGACUUGUCCCCAGGCCAUAUUCACUACCUGCGAUGCAGAGCUGUCUAUCACCGGAAAGGAGGGUAAGGCCACUGCAAAUGGAAAGCACGCGGGCACGUUUUACAACUGCGAUUGUGAUUCUGAAAACUACGCGGGGGCAGGAGGUGAUGAGGUGGCCGUCCCUAAAUAUGUGAUCAGCAGCCGCAAUCCAUACUAUUACUACAGCUUCUGCUGCGGUCGAAAGAUUUGUUCCAGCUUCUGCUGCUACCGAAAGUAGUCUAGACAUAAAACCUAUUCGUUUGUCUUUUUAAGGGUUUGAUUCAACUCAGCUCAUGGUAUAGUAAGAGGGAAUAAUGUUAUUUAUCACCGGAACCUAGUUUCUGGUAUGUAUCGGAAGUAACAUCAAUAAAAGCCUUUAAACGGUGCGACAUUUUUCGUUUUGGUAUUCAUUUAUCGUGUAUCUAUUACUAGCAGUCGAACUUCCGUGUGCGACCAAAUGUCGUUAGAGGCCAUCCUCUAGGGCGGGGUCGAGCGGAAGAGGUAAUAUCAGUCCGUCUCGAGGGCGAAGGCGAGGGCCAUGAUACUCAAGUUUAGGAACAUAACACUUGGUCUACCCUUGCCAUCAGAUUGAUCUCGCCGCAUGAGGUACAAUUCCAUGAUUUCCUGGGCAUUUCAGUACAAGCUUCGCGCUCAAUCACCCGCUUAAAGAUUCGCGACCUCUGUCGAAUGAAAAGUAUAACAAUCGUUAUCCGUGAGCAAUGGUUUGUUUCAAGAGAGGCACCGUGGCCAAAAAGUUUCGUUUAUUAGUUAUACAGGCGCGACACUGAAUUUUGACUAAAUUUGGUAAAUCACUACAUAAUCUAUAUGCUUGGGGUAUAAAAUGAAUAAAACGGAGCUAAACUUUCUUUUUUUUUUUAACAUUUUUAAUAUUAUCACAACAUCACUUACAUCACUUUCACUACAAAACUUAAGGUUACAGCUAAAUUAUUUAUAUCCCUGAAUUCUGAGUAUGUAAGGACUAGACAGGAAAAAAGAAAUACUACAAUUAAAUUCCGACAGGUAAUGAAAUCGUCUUAUACCGGCUAUCUUGAUGGAUGGAUGGA